AUGAGACUGGCAGUUGAUGAACCUUCCAAAGCUGCUCUAGAGAUACUACUUGAGAUGUCUGAUAGCAAAUUUGCUGAAGACCCCAUCCAACAGCUUUGGACCCUAGAAUCAGUCGGAAUUGUUGAUCAAGAUAUGUCACCUGAGGAUAAAUUUGUACUGGAAGAAUUCAAGAAUUCCAUCAAUAUGGUUGAAGGACGAUAUGAGAUCAUUGAAGAACAACUGUCUCUCGGCUUCAUUGAAACAGUGCCAGAAGAAGACCACAAGUUGACAAAUGUCCAUUAUUUACCCCAUUUACCUGUGAUUAAGGAUUCAACUACAACGCCCAUUCGUAUUGUAUUUGAUGCAAGUGCCCGGAUGGAUAAGCAGGCCCCUAGUCUGAAUGAUUGCUUAUACUCUGGCCCAUCCUUGACUAAUCAUCUAACCGACUUGUUGUUGAAAUUCCGUCUCGACCCAUUUGCGGUAUCGGCAGACAUCAGCAAAGCCUUCUUACGGGUAGGUCUCCAACCUAGAGAUUGUGAUCAUACACGUUUCAUCUGGCUAAAAGAUCCUAACAAUGAAAAGGACCUUCAAGCCAAUAGGUUUAGAUCAGUUCUCUUUGGAGCCACCUGCUCGCCUUUUCUACUCCAGUCGACCUUGCAACAUCACUUUGAAACCUACCCCACUUCACCUGAAUUUAGUUUCCUCAUGACCAAAUUUUAUGUGGACAACUUAAUUGGUUCCUUACCUACUACAGUCAGCCUCUACAGCCUUUACGAGGUUGCAAAGGAAGUACUAUCAGAUGCCGGAAUACCUUUAAAAGAAUGGAUCAGUAAUGAUCCAACCUUCAACGAAAUGGUAACACAAGAAGGUGAUGGAACAACAGAAGGCUCAGAUCUUGUCAAGUUCUAG